GUUGGUCUAGCCUCCGAGGACAGAACGGGUGCCUUUUAAUUCCUCCUCCGCUCUGAGGCUUGGAAGUCAAUUGUUGUCAACCCUCUUUCGCUUUUGAGAUUUCCUCCUCCUCCAGCCUUCGUUCCGCGUCUGAAAAUCCAUUCAUCAUGUCUUCUCUUCCGCCAGUUUACAUUGUUUCUGCGGCCCGCACGCCGACAGGCAUGUUCCUGGGCUCGCUUUCAAGUCUGAGUGCUGUUCAACUUGGUUCCCAUGCCGUGAAGGCCGCCAUUGAGCGUGCUGGUAUCAAGCCCGAGGAUGUUGAGGAGGUCUUCAUUGGCAAUGUCCUCUCUGCAAACCUCGGUCAAAACCCUGCCCGUCAAGUCGCCCUCGGCGCUGGCUUGCCUGAGAGCACUGUUGCGACGACGGUAAACAAAGUCUGCGCCUCGUCCAUCAAGUCUAUAAUCCUCGGUGCUCAAACCAUCAUAACCGGCAAUGCGGAUAUCGUUGUGGCAGGGGGAACCGAGAGCAUGUCGAACACGCCACACUACCUCCCCAACAUGCGCACCGGAGCGAAGUUCGGCAACCAGACUCUGGUGGACGGUGUUUUGAAGGAUGGUCUGACCGAUGCCUACAAGAACGAGCAUAUGGGUCUCCAGGGCGAGGAGUGUGCGGACGACCAUGGCUUCGACCGUGAGGCGCAGGACAGCUACUGCAUCCGGUCAUACAAGAAGGCUAUCGCAGCUCAGGAGGCUGGCUGGUUUAGGGAGGAAAUUGCCCCUAUCCAGGUGUCUGCUGGCCGCGGGAAGCCCCCUGUCACCGUUGACAAGGACGACGAGCCGAACAACUUUAACGAGGCCAAGACACGUACCCUACGCCCCUCUUUCAAGCCAAACAACGGCACCGUCACCGCUGCCAACGCCUCACCGCUUUCCGAUGGCGCCGCUGCUCUCGUCCUGGCUUCUGAGGAAGCAGUGAAGAAGCACAACCUCAAGCCGAUUGGCAAGAUCCUCGGCUGGGGAGACGCCGCCCAGAACCCCUCCAAGUUCACCACUGCACCCGCCCUCGCUAUUCCCAAGGCGCUCAAGCACGCCAAGGUUGAGCAGGACGCCGUUGACGCGUUUGAGAUCAACGAGGCCUUCAGCGUCGUUGCGCUGGCGAACAUGAAGCUCCUCAACCUGAGCGAGGAUAAGGUCAAUCUCCACGGCGGUGCCGUUGCUCUGGGCCACGCCCUUGGAGCUUCUGGUGCACGGAUAACCACCACGCUGCUCAGUGUGCUGAAGGAGAAGAAGGGCAAGAUUGGAUGCGCGGGCAUUUGCAAUGGUGGAGGCGGUGCUUCUGCUCUUGUUGUUGAGUCGCUUCAGUGAACAUUCCUGAGCUUAAAUGUUUAGACUAAAGGAAGUAAUUGGACAUUUAGAGUGAGUUCUAUUAAUAAGAUGUGAUAUGACCAUCC